AUGAUUGUACCUCGUCUUCGAAGUGAAGCCCGUGGUGGAACAUCGUCAGGUUCAUCGAGUCGUUACAGUAAUAGUGGCACUGUUUAUGGAGGUAAAAUUCAUCAUGCAAAUGAUCCUGAUCUUAAACGAGCCCUACAAUAUUCGUAUGCAUCGCAAGCUGUACGAAAAUGGGAAAAGCGAUGGGUAACCAUUCAUGAAACAUCUAUGCGCGUUCAUAAAUGGAUGCCAGCACCAAUGCUUGCUUCACAAAAUAUUACUGAAAAAAUAGUUCCUGCUACUACAAACAAUACUGAUCAAGAGCAACCACAAGAGCAAGAACCAGAGCCUGCAUCGAUUGCAACACAAGAUACUCAAAUGAUUGUUGAUGAAGAAAGCACCAGUCAAUCAAGUCAAAAUUAA